AUAUAGAAAUCAUGACCGCGAAGCUUUAUCCAAGCUCUUCUUAUACACAAAUUCCUCAACAUCCAUCUCAAAGCAUCAUAUCCCAAAGACGAUAGAAACAAGACAACGAUGAAGCCCAUUGACGACAAGAAGGAGACUGUGACGAUAAGAGCUGUGAGCCGCGACGAGGAAGGCCGGAAGAGAGUGGAGAAGGCCGAAGUGAAGACGCAUAACGUCGACACUCUCAAGUACAUCGAGAAGAAGCUCGCCGACAAGGGCGUCCAACGCAUGGACCGUCACCCGGCCGACGGCAUUGGCAUCGGCAGACCACCUCCCAAAUCAGGGCGCGGUGGGAAAUACACGUGGGAUGGCCCCGACGGACCAGCCGAGAACGAGCUGGAGGCGGCACCUCCGGCCAUUGACCGUGGUGAUCCCAAUUACGUGGACGAGGAGGAAGAGGAGAAGGUCGCCCGAGAUUCCGGGUUGGUGGUCGGAGAGGUAGAGGUGGCCAAGGAGGCGCCGGAGGGUGUGGGCAGGGUCGAGGUGGAUCCUCGGUUGAAUGUUAAUCGAUUAUUUUGAAUUUCUCCUUUUGUGUGUUUUUUUUUUUUUCUUUUCCUACUUGGGAGCAGAACUGUUGUUUGUUUCGAAACGGUGUCGUUGUGGGUUAGUGGUCCUAAAACGAAGCGUAUUGGUAAUCGGGUUGUAAGAUACAAUAAUAUUUGCGAACUGGGUGGGUUGCUACUAUUAAAUAAUCAUAUCUUAAAAUCAAAUUUUAUAAUUUAAAAAAUUGGUGAAAAUGUGAAGAAUAUUUAUGGGCUAA